AGCUUAUCACACUCAGGUGUAGCAACUCAGAAGCUAGCUGACAAAGCUGAUGAUCUCUUUAUUACUGGUCAACCUGCUGCUUUGCUGAGCUGCAACAGUGCGCUGCAACAGUCCAGAGAAACUCACCCCUGAAGUCAAUAGGAUUUAGUCUUGCCACUGUGGUUCUGUACCUAACCUGUUGCUGUAAACUGGACCUCUGCCCGAAGCUUCUGGCUUUCACGAAGGCACAGGCUUCCUCCUUGUGGAAAUAGAACUCGGUCUCCUCCAUAUUCCCUGUUGGACUCUGUGCCAUGACGUGGGAAAUGACUUUUGCCUUGGAUGCAGGCCAGAUGUCGUUUCGCUCCUGCUGAUACUAGAACGAGUCCCUGAGAUCCAGUUUUUAAGUGUCCAAGUAAAUAUUUCCAGAAGAAGCCCAGAAGCCUGCUUGGAUCUGGUCAGGCUUGUGAGAACUGGUUUUCCAGGGAGAUGAAUGUUGAUUUGCAAAACACCAACUCCGAGCCAAGCCGUUGCUUUCACAGGAGCGUCUCAAGAUACCUGGAGUUCUGAAAGCAGCUCCCUGGGAUUACACAACUGCAGUUAUUCGUUUGCAGGGAAAAGCCUCUACGAAUGCGACUCAACCUUAAGAGAUUUUUAAUAUAAGUUGCUGCCAGGCUUCUGUAACCAUGUGGACAAUCGCUGUGGAUUAUCUUUUGCUGUUAGCCGGAGCAAUGUGUGCAGCUGGCUCUAUUCAAGCAGCUUCCACAACUGAGGAUGAUGUCACUCCACGGGUCAGCUUUCAGUACAAUGAUAAGGAGAGGACUGCCAAGAGGUUCUCUGCAGAGGGGGUUUUCAAUUACACCUCACUGCUCUUAAGUGAAAAUGAUCAAGUUCUUUAUGUUGGUGCCAGAGAGGCUCUGUUUGCACUGAACAUUUCUGAUUUUGGAAACAGCAAGCUCCACAAGAAUUUGACAUGGGAAACGCCAGAUCACAAAAGAAAUGAGUGUGGAUUUAAAGGAAGGAACUUACAGACGGAUUGCUUCAAUUAUAUCAAGAUCUUUCUCCAGCUGAACAGCACUCAUCUGUACGUGUGUGGAACCUAUGCCUUCAGUCCCCUCUGUGCUUAUAUAAGCAUUUCAGAUUUUUCUUUGGUUAAAAACACGCUGGGGGAUGUUGCCACAGAGGAUGGGCGAGGACGAUGCCCGUUCGACCCUGAAUACAAGUCCACUGCCAUUAUGGUUGACGGAGAGUUGUACUCGGGGACAGUCAGUAAUUUCCAGGGAAAUGAGCCUACCAUUUUCAAGAGCCUGGGCCCGGGGACCCCCAUUAAAACUGAAAACUCUCUCAACUGGCUUCAAGAUCCAGCGUUUGUGGGUUCAGCUUAUAUCCAAGAAAGUCUUCCGAAGGGAAACCCGGUGGGAGACGAUGAUAAAAUCUACUUCUUCUUCAGCGAAGCAGGGAAGGAGUUUGAUUUCUUUGACAACACAAUCGUUUCCAGGAUUGCCAGAGUGUGUAAGGGUGACGUGGGUGGAGAGCGAGUGCUGCAGAAGAGGUGGACCACCUUCCUGAAAGCUCACCUCCUGUGUUCCCUCCCAGACGACGGCUUUCCCUUUAACAUCAUCCAGGACAUGUAUGUCCUCACCCCUGGCAAGCAGGACUGGAAGAGCACCGUCUUCUACGGGGUCUUCACCUCUCAGUGGUACAAGGGUGCAGCCGGCAGCUCUGCAGUGUGUGCCUUCACCAUGGAGCAGGUGGAGAACGCCUUCAACGGGCGAUACCGCGAGGUGAACCGCGAGACGCAGCACUGGUACACCUACAACCACCCCGUACCCGAGCCCAGGCCUGGAGCGUGCAUUACCAACGCUGCGAGGAAGAUGGACAUCCCUUCCUCACGCCACAUGCCUGACAAAGUGUUGAAUUUUGUUAAGGACCAUUUCCUAAUGGACGGUGUGAUCAGGAGCCAGCCUCUGCUUCUCAAGAGGAAUGCCCGAUACACUCAGAUCGCUGUCCACAGGGUCCAGGGCAUCGACCAGGUGUACGACGUCUUGUUCUUAGGCACCGAUGAUGGCAAGCUGCACAAAGCGAUCAAUGUGAACAAUAAGAUGCACAUCAUCGAAGAGAUGGAGCUGUUCGACAAGCCCCAGCCGGUGCAGAACAUUAUACUGGACUCCAAGAAGGGCCUGCUCUACAUCUCCUCAUACAGCGGGCUGGUGGAAGUGCCGGUAGCAAACUGCAGUAACUAUCAGAGCUGUGGAGAGUGCGUCUUAUCAAGGGACCCGUACUGCGCGUGGAGUGGGAGGAGGUGCAGGGAUGUACGACAGGCUUCCCCAAACAGUCGCUGGAAGCAGGAUGUGGAAGAUGCAGACACAGCGCCAGACUGCAAUGAUUCGUUAGCCAGUCCCCGCACUGUGAAGAUUACAGGUGAGUCCCAAUGCCAGACUUUUGUUUUACCGCCCAACACUUUCAAAAUCCUGCCCUGUAAGCUGAGGUCGAACCUGGCCACUCGGAAGUGGGUCUACAGCCCGAGUGCCAGUAACUCCACUUACGUCAGCCCUGACGGCGGCCUGGUGGUGGUGGCUAACGCAGAGGAGAAGCGGGAGGCUUACGAAUGCUGGUCCAUUGAAGGGGGGUUCCGGCAGCUGCUUGCCAACUACUGCGUGGAGGCAGAGACCACCGCAAUGGAAAACACCCCCUCCACCACCUCCACCUCCAUCACCAGGACCACAACCCUGCUCAUCGCCGAGAACAAAUACGUCCUCCUGCACAGCGAGAACCGGUCUGCGCAAGACAGCGUCAGAACCUACUGGAACGAGCUGCUCAUCGUGUGCAUCCUCCUGGGGGUGACCCUGCUGUGCUUCGCCCUGUUUCUGAUCUACCGGAACCGGCACAGCAUGAAGACUUUCCUGAAGGAGGGCGAGUGCUCCAGCAUGCAGCAGAAGAAGCAGCGGAUGGCAGGGAAGCCGGCUGAGAGUCUGCCCCUCAACGGAAGCACCAUGCCCACCUCCACCUCCACUUCCGAUCACAAGGGAUACCAGACCCUGAACGACAACUACAUCUGCAGCACGCCCACGCACGGGUCCCCGGAUCACAGCAAGGAGUUCACGGAGUCUGAGAAGAGGCCACUGAACCUCAAGGAGAGCCAUGUGGAGAUCUCCCCCACCUGUCACAGGCCUCGCGUGAGGCUGGGAUCAGAGAUCAGGGACUCCAUCGUGUGAAGAGACACCGCAGUGUUAAUACUCAUCCAUAGGACCAACUAACGAACAAAGCGAUAGAGCAUCAGUGUUGUUCUGAAUUUUAAAAUGACAGGAGCCAAAUGUUUCCAAAAACAAUUAUUUGGAGCAGUUCUAAAAAAUCACCCUGACACCAGAAAAAAAUCUAAAGACUUUUAAAAGAUAUUCCGGGGGGAAGAACUCAAAGAAACUCCAUGAUUUGAUGUUGUGUAUCCACUGGGAACAGCACCGGACACGGAAGGAGCAGCAGUUCUUAAGCACGUUUUCAAUUAUCUCCAACCUUACGCUUUCCACUGUGGUUCUGAUGAAAAGCUCAAGGCAUCCAUCCUGAUUCACAGACCACCUUUCACUUCAAAGCUUUUAAAAUGAGAAGCAACGUGUCAGCUGCCUCCAGUGAUCAGGUUCCAGCACCGGAUUGGCUGUGAGGCUCCAUGAACAUUCCAUCACUGCACAGUCCACGGCUAUGCGCUGGGUUCAUUCUUAAUUAGUGAACAAGCCUGUCUUUCCUGCCAGACCAGCAGGAACUGGACACUGCCAACAUUAGAAAAGGAUUUUGACCUUGCACCAAUUGAGCCAGCUGUAGCUCCUGAAUCCCUCCCUGCACAGCUACAAGUUCACUUAACACUGCCAGGUGUUUCUGUUCAAGCAGAAGGUGCCAACUAAACUUCUUCAGAGAGAACACUACCAAGACUCUGUAUUAUCAAUGGAAGUACUCCCCUAUUCUCUUUAAAUUGAUUGAAACACAGUUCUUUCAUCCAGAAGCCCACUGUUGGGUAUGCCAACAGCGACGAAAUAGUUGUUUAAGGCAAAGUAUAUCCAUCAUAACCAGACCAAUGGUUUUACAGAACUGUCCUCGGAAGAGCUUUUUAUUUUCGUCUGAAGAGAAACACCCAUCUGUAGAUGAACAGAGCUGUACAUGCAUGCACCGCAAAAAGCUGUGAAGACCUUGAGUGGGGAAGAGAAACACAUGCCUUCUUUAAACCUGCAGCAAUGUGUACACAAUGGAGGAGGCUUACUGUAUGCUUUCCAUGUGAGCUACAUUAUAAAGGAGCUCAGUAUUAACCCUAGCAGAGACUAAAGGAACAUUAAGCUGCUGGGUGAAGUGCUUAGAGCCACUUGCCUACUUCCUGGGGUAAUGAAAGAUACGCUUCGUGUUCUUUUGGACCAUUUAAUGCAGGAACCCGAGGCUUAAACUGAGCUCAGCCUGAAGCAGUACUUCAGUGGAAACUGACUUGAGAAAGGGGCUCAUUUAACUGAGCUCAGCCUGAAGCAGUACUUCAGUGGAAACUGACUUGAGAAAGGGGUUCAUUUAACUGAGCUCAACCUGAAGCAGUACUUCAGUGGAAACUGACUUGAGAAAGGGGUUCAUUUUCAAGCUUAGAUAAGGGUUCUGAGGAAGCGAGGGAGCCCUCUACUGCCCACAUUUCUCCUCUGUCGUGACCAGUCAGUGUGAGUCAGUGUGAUGUGCUUUGCAUGUCGAUUGAGUUUUGAACAAACACAAACAAAACAAAACAUGUGUUCAUGUUUAUACAUGGCAUAACCAAAACUGUCGUACGCUGUGCCAAAACCCUUUGUUCUUUAAUGAAAUGGAAAUGUGUUUUUAAACAAAGAUUUGUAUUAUUAUUGUUAUUAUUAUUAUUGUUGUUAUGAUAUCUUUUUUUUUUCAUUAACAGCAUGGUUAUUCGCGUUUUUCAUUUAUGGACAGCAAUGAACAAAACUUAUGAAAUAUACUUUAUGACCAAAAUCAACACAAGUUCACAAUGUAGCUUCUUCCAGAAUGUGAAAGUUAGAAGACAUCUCUGAUGGCUUAGCAGAACAGUCUACAUUAAGUUUGAAAAGGCCACAGCUAACCCUCUCAUUAAAGAUAUGGAGAACAAUCAGACUGUUCCUUUCGGUGAAGCAAUGGAAUUACAUUUGAAAAACUAAAACACAGUACACCUGAAAGAAUACCACUAGCAUGCUGUGCUAUAAAAAAGAACCUUACAAUCACACACUGAAGGGGAAGCGGUUUAGCCACAGUACUGGAAUUGUUUGUGCAACUCUAGUCAAUAGCAUUGUGUAAAAACAAUCUGGGAAUGCAAUGAGGAAAAUGUUCCGAUUCUUGGAAAGUCUGCCUUGAUGCAGAGGUCUGGUGAUGUUUAUUUAUUCACAGCAUGCAGAUCUAUUUAUCAAACAAACAAGCAAACACACAUGAGUAACAAUAAGAAUAACAGUAAUAAAAAGCAUAUGGAUGUCCUUCAUAACCUGGUGCCACUUGAAACGCUAAUUAGGCCAUUGCAGUUUCUUCACAAGUCCAGCACGGUCCUUCAAGUUUGUUCAGUAAUGAGAAUGUGCCACACCCUAACAGCAGCCUGGUCUCCAUAAUGUCGUUUAUUUGCAGUCUUUUUACAGGAUGGAAAAGGGUGUUGUUAUUAAACAUUGAAGAAAAACUCAAACUAAAACAGACAUUGAAGCAUUAAAAUCGGAAAAAUAACAUGACUGUACCUACUUCCAACACUGUGUAAAAAAAGUACCACUUUCUCAUAGUAACAAUAAUACUGAUGUGGUAGUAAUAGUUACUGUAGUGUAUAAUUCGUUGUUGUACAAUCAUUUCCAGAUGAGAGUUAAUUGAAUGUAUUCUUUCUGACAAUGUAGCUAUGAAACAGUGAUACUGCACACUAAGGAUCCUGGUGAAUAUUGUAUAUAUGUAUACUGUGUGUGUGUGUGUGUGUGUGUGUUGCAGUUUGAGUAUGAAAUGGAGGCAUGCAUUGCUGUAUAGAGAGCUUGCUUUACCUUAGUGAGUGCACAUUGCAGCUUUCUAUAUUUUCUUUUGCACGUGUAAUACCUUAGCUGGGGGUGGGGGGGCUUUUUGUAAAUUCUGUAACAACAUGUUUUAGUGGAAAGUGUUUGAGCAUCACUUUUAAAGAUCACUGCUGUAAUAUUAGGGGAUCAAACCUUCAUUCAGCUAGUUUUAUUUUUUUGUUAAUUAUUAACAGUAAAAAAUCAUUUUGAUCCUGGCAAUCAAAAGUUAAAACGUAACGUAUCAAUAAUAUUAUCUACUUUUUCUUUUUUUUUUUUGUAUCCACUUUGAGUAUAGUCCCUAACCGGUUAACCCACAGAGGGUGUGUCAUUGUCUUUUACAUACAGCAGUGUCCACAUGUAUUAGAACACCCCAUUGCUUCUGUAGUUCAGCAGUGUGCACAUGUAUUAGAACACCCCAUUGCUUCUGUAGUUCUGAUUUGUUGUGUAUAUUAAAUCAAGCCACUGGAACUGAAAACCUUGGAAAAUUGUCAAAAUAGGCAAAUUAGUGGUUGAAUUAAUUUAAUUGAUGACUUUAACAGGUCACACAUGCAAUUAAAAUAGUAAGAGAAAAUGAACACAUAGCCACACAUGCUAAACUGCAUGAAACUUUGUAGAAGUUGUUUAAGAUGCUUAAUUAACGCACAAAGUGGUCUAACAUUUUCGCACACGAAUGCCUAUUGCUUAUAAUAUCAGUGAUUACUGAGCUGAAAUUGAAAUCGUCCCACCCUGAGGUUUGUAUGCAGGUAGGUAUAUAAAGGGUAUAAAUAAUCUUGAGGUGUUCUUAUACACUUGCCCACUACUGUACAUGUUCAGGGUUUUAUUUGUGCGUUACAUCAUGCUUAUCAGAUACUUGCACCAGUGGUGUUUGGAACACCUCCCCACUGUAUCUCCCAUGCUGUCAGCACACCUGUUAUUCUCAGACUCAUUGACGGUACGUUCCUCCUGUAAUGUCUGGGGUCUUUUCUGCACAUCAGUACAGUUCGUAUUUGCACUGUGUUGUAAGGUAUUCAGAGUAAUGAAAAGGAGCCAGUUCAAGAGGCCCCAUGCGGUGUUUGAUGUAUGUGAUGUAUGCUUUCUCCAUGAGCAUGCAGAACACAAGGGGACCAUCACAUUCAAUACAUCAAUAAAUAUACAAUCAGAAGGUUAAAGAAACGGGUCAAAACAAAUUCAUGGCUUUGUUUCUGGAAUGCACUGCAUUUUUUUUCGAUGAACCUCUUUAUUUUUCUUCAUUGUACAGCUUUAGGAAUUGAAACGGUCUUGGUAUAACCCUGUAACCCUGUUUUUUUGUAAAGUGGCCUGUUGAUGUAAAAAUAUCCUGUGAAUCCUGCAUCGGAAUAUUUUUUGUCACAUUUCGUUGUUGCUUAUACUUUUAUUUUAUAUAUACUGUACAUACCGAAAGCACUUUAUUUUAAUUUUAUAAUAAAAAAAAUAAAAUAAA